AUGGAUUCCGACUCUGGCUCCGUUUGCAGCCGCUCCUCGUCCCCAGACCUGGUGGUGGACGACUGCGCCGGGAGCUUCUUCUCCAACAACAUGUUCCAGACGUACUGCCAAGAAAACAGAGAAGACGAAGAGGCCGGCCAGGGCAGGACGGAGCGCUGCAGCGGGGGCGGUAAGACCAAGUCCAGGUCUGAGCCCGACAAGAUCGAGGGACAGGACCUGAGACUGAAAGUCAACAGUCGGGAGAGGAAAAGGAUGCACGAUCUGAACCAGGCGAUGGACAGCCUGAGAGAGGUCAUGCCCUACGCUCAGGGCCCGUCCGUCCGCAAGCUGUCCAAAAUCUCCACCUUGAUGUUGGCUCGCAACUACAUCCUCAUGCUGUCCGGCUCCUUGGACGAGAUGAAGAAGUUGGUGGGGGAUGUUUAUGGAGGCGCUGCUGCCAUCCAGAGCCGCACCGCUGCCCACCCCACUAUCGCCCCUGCAGCCCCUACCGCCCACCUCCCUCUGCAUCCUCUGGCCCAGUCUCUGCACUCGCUGAUGGCCAGCGCGCCCUCAGCCCUCCAGCAUCACUCAGCUUCUCCAGCUGCAGCCCCAGCCCUGCACUCCCCUCCAUCCGCCAGCUUCCUGGGGUUCCACGCUUCGGUCCAGGGCCUCCUGAAGGACCCGCUCCACCUGGCCGGCACCUACAGGCACUUCCCCGGCAUGCCCUGUCCCUGCUCGCUCUGCCAGCCUUUACCAACCUCCACAUUACACAGCCUGUCUAUGAUCAAGUGA